GGGUAAAAGUGGAGCAGAAAGGGGAGGGGGUGGGGGGGACAAGGCUGAGCCUUCCUCCCGAGGAGCAGCUGCGAGCCGAAACGCGGCUUCUCAGAAGCCUGGUGGCAACGCGGUGCCUUCAAAGGCGCCGGCAGGAUCCAGCUGCUCCUUAGCAAUAAACACUCAUUAACGGAGUCGUCGGUGCGGCACACGGAUGGUUACAGCGGGGCCGUCCCUGGGAUACCGUGGGGCAGACAGAAGCCCCUCUGAGGAGGGUGGGUUGGGGGCUGUGCCUGGCCCGCACCACGUUUUGUCCCGGGGUCCCUUCCCAGCUGCCACUUGCCGCGUUGUAAGGCAGCGGCACGGCCAAAGUCACCCGUCCAGGGCUGCUCUCCCUCCUGCUGGGGGCUGUGCAGGAUGCUCAGGACAGGGCUGGGGGGGGGGGUCCCGCUGGAAAAGCAGAGCUGGGGGCAGUGAAACCAAAGCAGCACCGGUGGGAGGGGGCAGCGGCGACGCUGAUGCCCCCCCUGCACGCGGGCAGCUUUCUCCUGCAAGGCAGGUGAGUUCCUCGACAUGAAGGCGCAGUCGUGCAAGCCCUGUGCCGAGGGCACCUACUCGCUGGGCACUGGCGUGCGCUUCGACGAGUGGGACGAGGUGCCCCACGGCUUCGCCAACGUCGCCACCAACCUGGAGGUCGACGACAGCUUCGGUGACACGGUGGAGAACUGCACGGCGUCGACGUGGGUGCCGCUGGGUGACUACAUCGCCUCCAACACGGACGAGUGCACGGCCACCCUCAUGUACGCCGUCAACCUGAAGCAGUCGGGCACUGUCUCCUUCGAGUACAUCUACCCCGACAGCAGCAUCGUCUUCGAGUUCUUUGUGCAGAACGACCAGUGCCAGCCCACGGUGGAGGAGUCGCGCUGGAUGCGGACCACGGAGAAGGGCUGGGAGUUCCACAGCGUGGAGCUGAGCCGCGGCAACAACGUGCUCUACUGGAGGACCACGGCUUUCUCCGUCUGGUCCAAGGUCCCCAAGCCCGUGCUGGUGAGGAACAUCGGGAUCACAGGAGUCGCCUACACCUCCGAGUGCUUUCCCUGCAAACCUGGCACCUACGCCGCCGCCGCCGGCUCCUCCUUCUGCCAGCUCUGCCCCGCCAACACCUUCUCCAGCAAAGGUGCCACCGCCUGCCAGCCCUGCGAGCUGGCCACCUACGCGGAGCAAGGCUCCGCGUCCUGCAAGGUGCGGCCGCCCUGCACGGACAAGGAUUACUUCUACACGCACACAGCUUGCGAUGCCAACGGGGAGACCCAGCUCAUGUUCAAGUGGGCAGAGCCGAAAAUCUGCAACGAGGAGCUGCCGCAGGCAGCCCAGCUGCCCCCCUCGGGGGUGAAAACCAAGUGCCCCCCCUGCAACCCGGGUUUCUUCAAAAGCAACAGCAGCGCCUGUGAGCCCUGUCCCUACGGCUCCUACUCCAACGGCUCAGGCUGCAUCCGCUGCCCGGCUGGCACCGAGCCGGUGCUGGGGCUGGAGUACAAGUGGUGGAAUGUGCUGCCCCCCAACAUGGAGACCACCGUGCUCAGUGGCAUCAACUUCGAGUACAAGGGGAUGGCAGGCUGGGAGGUGGCCGGGGACUACAUCUACACGGCAGCAGGAGCCUCCGACAACGACUUCAUGAUCCUCACACUGGUGGUGCCUGGCUUCAGUCCCCCGCAGCCGGCGCUGGAGGACGGGGACAGCAAGGAGGUGGCCAGGAUCACCUUUGUGUUUGAGACCAUGUGCAGCGUCAGCUGCGAGCUCUACUUCAUGGUGGGUGUCAAUUCCCGCACCAACACGCCGGUGGAGACGUGGACGGGGCCCAAGGGGAAGCAGUCGUACACCUACGUGGUGGAGAAGAACGCCACUAUGAGCUUCACCUGGGCGUUCCAGCGCACGCCCUACCACGAGGCGGGCCGGCGGUACACCAGCGACGUGGCCAAGCUCUACUCCGUCAACAUCACCAACGUGCUGGGCGGGGUGGCCUCCUUCUGCCGACGCUGCGCCCCCGAGCCAGGGGGGGCCUGCGCCCCCUGCCCCCCUGGGCAUGCCCUGGACCACGCCACCGGUGCCUGCCAGCCCUGUCCCCCCGGCACCUACCUGCAGGGGCACCCACCCGGCAGCACCCCCACCUGCCAGCCCUGUGGCCCCGGCACCCACAGCAACCAGGUCCGCUCCCUCUGCUACAACAACUGCAGCUUCUCGCUGGCGCUGCCGGGCCGCACGCUGCACUACGACUUCUCGGCGCUGGCCACCAGCACGGCGUUCGCCAGCGGCCCCAGCUUCACCUCCAAGGGCCUCAAGUACUUCCACCACUUCAACAUCAGCCUCUGCGGCAACCGCGGCAGGAAGGUGGCCUCGUGCACGGACAAUGUGACGGACGCGCGGCUGCCGGAGGAGGGGGGCACGGGCCGGGUGGUGACGUCCCACGUGUGCCAGGCCAUCGUGGUGCCCUCUGACGUGGUGGGCUACCGGGCGGUGGUGUCCUCGCAGCCCGUCAGCCUGGCUGACCGCGUCGUGGGUGUCACCACGAGCCCCACGCUGGACGGCAUCACCGCGCCCCCCGAGCUCUUCCCCCCUGCCAACCCCGAGCUGCCCGACAUCAUCUUCUUCUACAGGUCCAGCGAGGUGACGCAGUCGUGCAGCGGGGGCCGGGCCACCACCAUCCGCCUGCGCUGCGACCCGCUGCAGCCAGGCACCGGCAGCCUGGCUGUGCCCAGCAAAUGCCCCGAGGGCACCUGUGACGGCUGCACCUUCCACCUGCUGUGGGCGACGGCCGAGGGCUGCCCGCGCUGCUCCGCCAGCCACUUCCGCGCCAUCGUGGGCGCCUGCCAGGGUGGCCUGCAGAGGACCACCUACGUGUGGCGGGAGCCCCGGCUGUGCCGCGGGGGGCAGCGCCUGCCCCCGCCGAGGGUCCGCGGCUGCCGCAGCGCCGAUUUCUGGCUGAAGGUGGGGGUCUCAGUGGGGACGUGCGUGGCCGUGCUGCUGGCUGCCCUGGCUGCCUACUUCUGGAAGAAGAACCAGAAGCUGGAGUACAAAUACUCCAAGCUGGUGAUGAAUGCGGCGGCCAAGGAGAGCGAGCUGCCGGCGCCCGACAGCUGUGCCAUCAUGGAGGGCGAGGACGCCGAGGACGAGCUCAUCUUCGCCAGCAAGAAGUCGCUGCUGGGCAAGAUCAAGGCCUUCACCUCCAAGCGCACCCCGGACGGCUUCGACUCCGUCCCGCUGAAGCCGUCGUCUGGCAGCACCGACCUGGAGCUGUGAGGGGGCCGUGCCCGCCCCCACCCCCCCGUCCCCGUGGCCUUACAGACCCGCGGAGCCCUGGGGCGCUUUUGUACCCCCCCCGUGUCCCCUGGGAAUCCCCACUAAAUGCCAAAUGCAGGGGGUGGGGACCCAACCCGGCCCUGGGCACGGGAACAACGGGAGCAGCCCCUGCGUGUGGGGGGGGUGCACACGUGUGUGGCAGGCGUGUGCUCGUGCACAGGUGAUUUUGCACGUGGGUGUGGGUGCACGUGGGCCGGGCUGCAGGGUGUGUGCGUGCAUGGGGCUGUGUGCACAUGGCACACGCGUGUGCGAGCUCCUGCGUGUGUGCCCCGUGCUCUGCAGCCACAGUGUGGGGCAGGGAGGCAGGCGGGGGCUGGCUGUGCCGUGUCACACCGUGUCACACCGUGUCGUGCCCUGUCACACCGCGCUGUGCCAUGUCAUGCCAUGUCACACCGUGCCAUGCCAUCUCAUGCCAUGCCGUGCCAGCCCCGCUCCCCUCUCUUUGCCUUGCCCCCCCUGGGAAGCACCAAUUGGGGUGGUUUUGCCCCAAAGUGGGUGUCCCCAUGCUGGCAGCCCCCAGCACAGUGUUCCCCCCCCACUGCUGGGUCCCUCCCGUGGGUCUCCCCGGGGGGGUGGCUGCUGCCCCCCAGCCCCGCGGCUCCAGCCCCCCCCUUUUUACAGCGAUCUCCACGUUUUCUAGGCGGCGCCGGGAGGCCCCGCAUGUCCCGGCCGUGCAAUAAAGGCGACGUUUCUGAGUC